AUGGGAGCUACUCUCUUCGUUCAACCCUUGGACUUGGUCAAGAACCGCAUGCAAUUAAGCAGUGUCGGUGAAAAAACGAAGGCCUAUAAAUCUUCACUGGAUGUCAUUAUAAAAAUAGUUCGAAAUGAAGGAAUAACUACGUUAUAUAAUGGUUUGUCAGCUGGCUUACUUCGUCAAGCUACGUAUACCACUACUCGACUUGGCGUCUAUUCAACACUUUUUGAGCGAUUUGUUGGGAAACAAGGCCGGCAGCCUACAUUUAUUAAUAAAUGUGCCAUAGGGAUAACAGCUGGAGCUGUUGGCGCUUUUAUAGGAACUCCGGCUGAGCUCGCGCUAAUUCGCAUGACUGGUGACGGCAGUUUACCAGCUGCAGAACGGCGCGGUUAUACGAAUGUUUUUAACGCCUUGAUCCGCAUUACACGAGAGGAAGGCAUUUUAACCCUAUGGAGAGGUUGCCUACCUACAAUUGGAAGAGCCAUGGUUGUAAAUGCUGCACAACUGGCCACAUACUCGCAAGCAAAGCAAACUUUACUAAACUCAGGAUACCUUAAGGAUGGUAUUGGUUGUCACUUUGUUGCCAGUAUGAUCAGUGGUCUUGCUACAACUGCUGCUUCUAUGCCCGUAGAUAUUAUUAAGACAAGACUCCAAAAUAUGAAAGUAAUCGAUGGAAAGCCGGAGUUUAAUGGGGCCUUGGAUAUAUUUAUGAAAGUGCUUCGCAAUGAAGGAUUUUUUUCGCUGUGGAAGGGUUUUACCCCUUACUACGCAAGAUUAGGUCCUCACACGGUGCUAACAUUUAUACUUUUAGAACAAAUGAAUAAGGCUUAUUUCAAAUAUCGUGGUAUUGAUAGCGUUCCUCAGUUAUGA